UAAUUUUAGUUGGAUAAUAUGCCAAGUGAAGAUGAUGAAUUUUUACAAGAAGAAACAAACUUCACCACAGAAGCAUCAUAUUUAGCAUCUAAUAGCAAUGACUAUGAACCGUAUGAUGAGAGUCAAAGUAGUGAUUAUGGAUUGGAACAAAAUAGCGACAUUAUUAACAGAACUGUAAGCGAAACUGAAUUGCAAAUAACAUCUGUACAAGUUAUGCCCACUACGUUUAAGAAAAAAAUAAGUAAAGAAAAUAAAUCGGAAACAGGAAGUACACAAAAGACACCAGCCAAACGCAAACAGGCACUGAAAUCGUAUCCAGCGCACAUUUGUUGCCAUUGUGGAAACAUUUAUAAUGAGAAAUCUAAAUUGACAGCUCACAUGAAAUAUCACAGAAAAGACAAACCACAUGAAUGCGAAAUUUGUCACAAACGUUUUACUCACACACCACAAUUGGCGCGCCAUAUGAACUCUCAUACAGGCAAUCGCCCUUUUAAAUGCAAAUAUUGCAGUGCUGCUUUUACAGAUCCCUCAACAAAAAUUAAACAUGAACGUAUACACACUAAUGAACGACCUUACAGUUGUACAAUCUGCAAUAAGAGCUUUGCCUACUCAAAUGUCUUGAAAGUGCACAUGAUGAUGCAUAGUGGUGAAAAACCUUUCAGUUGCGAAACUUGUGGCAAAAAAUUUGCUCAAGUUCAUCACAAAAAAGCACAUGAACGUACACACAAGAAGGGAAUCCUUUUUAUAUGCCCCGAUGAUAUGGAUUGAUGCAGAUCAUUGUGUAAGUUUUCUAUGAACAGUCAUCGCCUAUGUAUCAAUUUCUAUAAAUUAGUUUAUUUAUUAUUUUGCAUGCUUCUAGCUCAGGUCACUUAUUUAUAGAUAAUAACAAUGCCAUACAAAACAAAUCCCCAUUAAAAUUUUUAAAUUUGAUCGUACAAUGGCGAUUUAGUCUACAGCUAACCUCGAGUUAAAGAAUUGUAUUAAUUUGCUCUCUAAACCCUGUUGCAGUCUAUUUAAUUUGAGUUAUAGAAAAUUCGAGUUAUAGAAGUCGAGUUAUGGAAGUUUCACUGUAUAUAAAAUACAAUGCCAACAAAUACUUUGUCUUCAGAGAACACAUGACAUAACUUGAAUAUUUUAAAUAAAUUACGAUUCAAAGUGUUAUAAGCACUUCUCAUUACACUAACUAAUGUUCGUUUUUAGUUCCAAAUUCAAUUACAAUCUGCUAGCGAAGAAACGCAAAAAAUGCUGCUUAUGCUUUUGCCGAAUAUUUUCUUUUGUUUUUUGUCUAGUAAAAUUGCAAAAAUUUUCUAGCAUUAUCACACAAUUUACUAUAGCUGCCUUCCUUCCUUUUUUUCUCGCAAUUUUUCAGUUAAAUUUCUGAUAGCAGCUGUUCUAUAUAAUGUGAGUGCAUUUUUUAAAGUCCUCCUUCCGUAAGGAAUCGAAAACUUUUAAAACAAAUGUGGAGUGUGUUUAAACACUUUAGGUUCAUUUCGUAAAUUAUCUUAAGCUUGUAGUGUGAACGGCAUAUUAGUAUUACGAAUUUUGGCUAAAAACGUUAGACAUCUAUACAUAAGUUGUCCGUGCUUCUAGUGUGCAGAAAUGAAUGAGAAAUAUAGUUAAGUAUAAUUUCAUAAGAUAUAUGAAUAAUAAAAAAAUUAGAUUUGUGUGUCAAAUAGAAUAAAAUACAUAAAUUUAAUGAA